AUGUCGUCAAGUCAAGUCAGUGGUACCUUCAGAGGCACUCCUACGAGCAAUCGUCGUGGCCCGCUGCCUUUCACGGACAGUCCAUCGAGUAUCCCUCGUCCGAAGUUGGAUUCGGUCAACAGUCAAGCCCCGAGCGAGAUGUCUGGAACUUCAACCAUGUCCGCCAGUAGGCAGAAACAGAGCAAGAGGGAUGAGGCCAUCCGACGCAAGAUGGAGGCGGAUCUCAGUAAGAAGAAGCAUGUCCCUUCACGAGCCCGACAUACUCGCAAAGCACCACCCGGAACAGUCCUCGCUCUCAAACCUAGCCAGGCUUUGCAGAUAAAACCCAACACUACCGUUGCCGAAGCCGCUCAACUGAUGGCUGCAAAGAGAGAAGACUGUGUCCUGGUUACGGAUGAUGAUGAUAGAAUCGCGGGUAUUUUCACAGCCAAGGAUCUUGCAUUCCGUGUUGUUGGUGCAGGGAUCAAAGCAAGCCAGAUCACCAUCGAGCAGAUCAUGACAAAGAACCCUCUCUGUGCAAGAACUGAUACGAGUGCCACCGAUGCCUUGGAUUUGAUGGUAAGGAAGGGCUUCCGCCAUCUUCCAGUUAUGGACGAGAAUCAAGAUAUCUCUGGUAUCCUCGACAUUACAAAAUGUUUCUACGAGGCAAUGGAGAAAUUGGAGAGAGCUUAUAGCUCCUCACGCAAGCUGUACGAUGCGCUGGAGGGUGUCCAGUCGGAACUUGGAUCAAGUCAGCCCCAACAAAUCAUCCAAUAUGUUGAAGCUCUCAGGAUGAAAAUGUCUGGUCCGACCUUGGAGUCUGUUUUGAAUGGUUUACCGCCCACCACCGUUUCAGUAAGAACAUCGGUGAAGGAAGCGGCCCAGCUCAUGAAAGAAAACCACACGACCGCUGUUUUGGUUCAGGAUCAAGGAUCUAUUACCGGCAUCUUCACAAGCAAGGAUGUUGUCUUGCGUGUGAUUGCGCCAGGCCUCGACCCAUCAAAUUGCAGUGUUGUUCGUGUUAUGACACCUCAUCCUGAUUUUGCUCCUUCGGAUAUGAGCAUCCAGGCAGCACUUCGCAAGAUGCAUGAUGGUCAUUAUUUGAAUCUUCCCGUUAUGAACGAGACUGGCGAGAUUGUAGGCAUGGUUGAUGUUCUUAAACUUACAUAUGCUACACUCGAACAAAUUAACACGAUGAACACCGGUGAAAGCGAAGGUCCAGCCUGGAAUAAGUUCUGGCUGUCAAUGGAUAAUGAUACUGAGUCAAUGAUAUCUGGUGAUGGUAGUCACCGCCCUACAACGCCUGGGCACCGAUCCAUGUUGGAAUCCGAAGCUACCCGCCCAGGUGUGGAACGAGGUGAUAGUGUCAUGCCACACGAAUCUGCUUCCCAUCAUGGCGAUGCGCAUUCCGAAGUUCUACCAUCAAUUGAGGCUCCUGAGGACACACCCUUCCCUUUCAAGUUCAAAGCGCCCAGUGGCCGCGUGCACAGAAUACAGGUGAUUGCAAGUUUUGGUGUAACCGAGCUUGUAAGCCAUGUCACUGCCAAACUUGGUGCUGAACUUGAAGCUGUCGGUGGUGAAGCCACAGUUGAGGAUGGUAGACUGGGUAAGGCAGGUUAUGCUUUGAGCUACAUGGACGAUGAGGGAGACACGGUUUCCAUCACCACCGAUCAGGAUCUCCUAGACGCCAUUCUUCUCGCACGACAAGGCAAGCGAGACAAAGUCGAUUUGUUUGUGCAUGACCCUUCCCAGCCGCCAAUUGUCACGACCAUCGACCCACGCCCACAGUUAUCAAAGCCUCCCACACCACCAGAGUCGAUUGCAAAGGAGGCACCGGCGACUGCACUACCCGAGAGCGAAGAAGACGACGAGGAGGAACGUGCACCGGUGAAGACAAUCCGAUCCAAGAGACCUCAUGGCCUUACGACUGUGCAAUCAACGCAAGAAGAGCAAAUCAUUGCGGGCGUUCCCAAUGACCUUCUCCUACCAGGGGCGAUUGUGACGCUUGCGGUUGUCAUCAUCGGUGUCUUUGCACUCGGCCGCGCCACUUCGAAAUGA